GCACAUGGUUGACGUGCGCUGAGCGCUGAAGAAAAGGAACGGCCGGCGCCAUGCACUGAGACUUCACAAGUGUCAAAACAUAGAUGUCGCGGGAAUGUGAGAGCGUCACGUUGCCCUCCGUCAACUGGAAUGAAAACGGCAGCGGAGGCCCAGGGGCAGCGUUUCUUUCAAUUUCGCUUGUGGAUACUUGUAGUGAAGUUGCAGACUGAUACGGUAAUAUAGCGCUGAAACAUGGAGGAAAACUCCAGGGAAAGCGACCGUCUGGAGCGAGAGCGCCAGUACUGCGAGCUGUGCGGGGAAAUGGAGAACCUGAUGAAGUGCGGACGGUGCCGCAGCUCGUUCUACUGCAGCAAAGAGCACCAGAGACAGGACUGGAAGAAGCACAAGCGGCUGUGCAAGGAGGCCGACAAGCAGCAGCAGCAGCAGCAGCAGCCGCCGGCUGAAGAGCGCAGCGCCGUACAGUACAACACUUCAGAACAGUCCAACACUUCUCAGAGUAACUCUACCGUUACGUCACCCGGCGAAAGAAUGCCAGAUUUUAUCAAGUCCGCCACGGGCUCUGACACCAAACCGACCGCAGACAGUUUAAAACUCAACGGACAGACACGGUCACCUCCUCAGAAGCUGGCCACGGACUAUAUUGUGCCCUGCUUGAACAAGCACGGCAUCUGUGUGAUCGACAACUUCCUAGGUGAGGAAAUCGGACGCAGUAUUCUGGAGGACGUGCAGGCGCUUUACUUGAGCGGCGGCUUUACGGACGGGCAGCUGGUCAGUCAGAGGAGCGACUCGUCUAAGGACAUUCGAGGGGAUAAGAUCACCUGGGUGGAGGGGAAGGAGCCCGGCUGUGAGAGGAUAGCGUUUCUCAUGAGCCGCAUGGACGAGCUGAUCCGACACUGUAACGGAAAACUGGGCGACUACAAGAUCAAUGGAAGGACGAAAGCAAUGGUGGCGUGUUACCCUGGCAAUGGGACAGGAUAUGUACGGCAUGUGGAUAACCCAAACGGUGAUGGGAGAUGUAUCACAUGCAUAUAUUACCUAAAUAAAAACUGGGAUGCCAAGGAACACGGUGGCCUUUUGCGGAUCUUUCCAGAGGGAACUGCUCAGUUUGCAGACAUUGAGCCCAAGUUUGACAGACUUUUGCUCUUCUGGUCAGACAGACGGAACCCACAUGAGGUCCAGCCGGCUUAUGCCACAAGGUAUGCUAUAACGGUGUGGUAUUUUGACGCUGAUGAACGAGCUCGAGCUAAAGAGAAAUAUCUAACAGGUGCAGGUGAAAGGGGCAUAAAAGUGGAGCUAAACAAGCUGUCUGAGCCCAGCUAGUGAACGAGGGAUGAAUGAAGAGGAGUGUGCAGGGUUGGACCUCUGGAGUGUUACUGCCUGCUGCUGAGAGAUGAUGAGCAGAGAGGAAGUGACUACUUCUCUCGCUCACCUCUCCAUCUGUCAUCUAUAAGGGGCUUCUCAUAGGGACUCUGGAUGUGAUGGAGCUGUGAAGACAGAUGUGCAUUAACAUGCUUUGUGUUUCCUUUAUGAAGAGUGCUGACUUACAUGAGCAAUGGAUGGGCAUAAUGCUAAACUUAAGAGUGUGUCUGUGUGUGUGUGUGUGUGUGUGUGUGUGUGUCUGUGUGUGUGUGUCUGUGCGUGCACUUGUGUUCAAUACAAGUUUUUUUUAGCUAUAACCCCUACAUUUCCCUGCCGUCAGCUUUGCACGUGUGUUAAUAAAGGUACAGUUUUGUUUGGCAAUGCUACAAAGUGCAUACACAGAAAAAAACAUUUUCAAGGUUACAAGCUCGGUGUGAUGUGUUAUUCUGCUUGUAAGCCACUGUAAUUAUUGGAUUUGUGUUUUUGUAUGGCUCGUAAUACCAUUUUCCAGGCUCUCCUAAUUGGAGCAUGCUCCUUUAUCAUGGCUUUCACCGGUUGCUUAGUAACCAGGUGCAUUGCUGGGUCGUCUUUGCCAGUUAUCAGCGAUAUGUCUGUUGUUGCAGACCUUACGUUUCUCCAUCUUUUGCCAAACUUGACACCUCAUGUCUA